AUGCUGCAACAACCCAUGCGGAAGGGAUUCAUAUCCCAUGGCAUCCGCGAACCUCUGACGACACGUAUCGCCGGCAUCCUCAGGUCCUACCCCGACAGCACACAGAUCGCCCGCGAGCUUCUCCAGAACAGCGACGACGCCGGGUCGACUGUCCAGUGGUAUCUCCUCGACCACAGAGACCAUGCCAAGCACGCUCGACGUUCUGCUGAAAGCAACCUUGGUUCGGACUCGUCCAAGGACGCAAGGCUUCGAUUGUUCCACGAAGAUCUCGAGGAAUACAUGGGUCCGGCUCUUCUUUCUGGAAGCGACUCUGUCUUUGAAGACAAGGACUUUCAGUCGCUCAAGAACCUGGCCUCAUCUGAAAAGCGUGCUGACGAAACUAAGAUUGGUCAGAUGGGUAUUGGAUUCAACAGCAUCUACCAUCUGACAGACUGCCCCUCGUUUAUCUCUGGAGACCAACUCAUGAUCAUCGAGCCCCACGAGCGCAUCUUCAACGGAGAGCGGUCCGAGCUCAGCGAGGGCGCUGUCCGCGGCAGCUUUUUGAAUCCAAGUCAAGGCUUGCAUGAAUAUCCCGACCAGCUCAAAGCCUUCUCCGUUCUCGAAGAUAUUGAUUUCUCCAAGCCUUACAAAGGCACCAUUUUCAGGUUCCCUCUCAGAACCCUUGAACAGACCAAGACUUCGUCUUUGACCAAAUAUUCUCGCACUCUCGAGGAGGUGCAGGAGAUGCUAAACGAGCUAAAGGGCGAAGCCUUGAAGGCUCUUCUUUUCCUCAAGCAUGUCCAGAAGAUUGUCAUCUACGAGCGCAAAGAGGACCAAGACAAGCCUACGAAAUUAUUCGAGAUUGAGAUUGUCAACUCCGCCGAGGUUGCGGCCCAGCGGUCUGAACUGUUUGACAACUUCAAGCGCCAUGUCCGCGCAUGCGAUUCAGUUGAUGAAGCCAAAGUCCUUGAGUGCUCUACUCGACCCACCUACAGGAUGACACAUGAGGACGGUCACACUACUGAGGAAACCUGGCAGGUCACUACCCGGAUCGGCAACAUCGGCAAGACUCGCGCCUCCAUGCUAGAGGCUUCCCAUGGCGACGUCAAUAUUGCUGACCACAAGUUGAUCCCUUGGGUCGGUAUUGCUGCUCCCUCGGAUCCUGAUUUCAAGAUGGACUCGUCUGGUCUUUUCUGUUUCUUACCCGUCGGCGACAUUCAGCUCCCGUUCCCGGUUCAUGUCAAUGGUCACUUUGCUGUCGAGCAGAGUCGACGUGACAUUUGGACCAACAUCGACAAAAAGAUCAAGACCCAGUCCUCCGCUGGCAUUGAGUCACUUUGGAACGUACAUCUGUUCAACAAGCAGAUCCCUGAAGCCUACGCGCUCUUCUUGGAGAACAUAGGUCUUGAUCAUGGCGCUAACUAUGAACUCUGGCCUACCUACUGCGGAGAUGGGAUCGGCCGAGAUGCGAUUUGGAAGGACAUGUUGAAGAGCGUGCUCCGUGCUGUUCUGUCCAAUGAUCGACCAGUAUUUUUCUGCGGACCCAAGCUCGAUGGCAACGUGAUGUCUAUUGAACCCUAUUCCAAGGUCUACAUUGCCGGUAGAGACACCGAUGCUUUCCCAUUGCUGAAGAAGGCCCUCCGUGCGGUUGUAGAUUUGGCGGAAAAUAUUCCUGAUGUGAUCCUGGCCGAGCUCCCUGUGGCAGUCGAGUCUGUUGAUUUGGUCCCUCGUAUUCUUACGUCGGCCCUAGUGAUUUCCAUUCUUCAAGACACCAAAAAUCAGUGGUCUUCGACUGCCGAUGCGGCCACCCGAGUAGAAAUGGUCAAGUACUGUCUCCAGGACGACAAGUCUGCAAGCCUCGUCGGUCUUCCUCUCCUUCCUCUCGCUGGAGGGUCCUGGGUUGAGUUCAAUCGCAAGCAAUCCCGCGGAAGGUUCCGUGUGUCCGUGGCGGUGUUCCGUACAUUGUCCAUGUCGAACGACGGGCUUGUUGACAUUGACGUUGAGGGUUAUCCGUUCAACGACAUCGAGUUGGGCUGUAAGUCUGAAGCCAAGAAUGGCUCCAAGUCUAAGAUGUAUUGGUCAACCAUGAAACUUUCCUUGGUUGCAGAGCGAAUCAAGUCGGUCUACCUUCAGUCGUUCUAUCAAGACGGUGUAGUCCCUGGCGGAUGUGUCACCCAGACCUCUGAGCAGUUUCCGAUGGACAAGUGGUUGACGGACUUCUGGAAUAUGGCUCACUCCUUUCCAAUUGCAGUUGCUCAGAGGGAGCUCCUCUCAGGACUUGAUGGCAUCCAUCUGAUACCAAUCAACCGGGGUUCUCUGGCGCCACUCUCUAAGGAUCGAUCAGUUCUCUACCUCAACCCUGGGACGAGCAAGGAUGUCCAGGUCUCUCAGAAGGCCCUUGAAGUUCUGGGUCACCGUUUUGACUGCCAAGUCCUUCGAAAGCUGCCCAUCAAACCAUCAUCACCCCUGAAUGGAUAUCUCGUGGAUGUAUCGAUUGGUCCAAGAGUCCUCGGCCUCCUCUCGAACGUCGAUCCCAGUUGCUUCCAGCAGUUAACUCCAGCAGAUUGCGAGGAUCUCAGACAAUACUUGACUAUAUGUCUCUCGCCCAGAGCAUCGCUUGACAAUCAACAGCGCCAGGUCUUGCGAUACUUGCCGGUUUUUGAGUCAUAUCAAGAUACCCGUCUCGUUCCCUUGGAUACGCCCUCGUCUUCGUCCUCGAUGAAGUGGAGAGUCGCUCAAGGAUAUUGUAUUUCCUCACAACCUUGGAUGCCUAGCUCGGUCAGACUCCUAGCUGAUGACCAGCCGAUGAAGCACCACAUUCGGUACUUACUGGAGAUCCCUUUCCUUACCAAGGCCAAGUUCCUGCUACACCUUGUCUCGGAGUUGACAGAGCAACCCGAAAGUGAAUGGGACUCUAUUCUGUCUGAGCUGCUCUUGGGCUACUACGAACACCAGAAGAAGGUCGACUUUGGACCCCUUCUCCGCCAACUGCCGUUUGUUCAGGUCAAUGUAUCGUCUACAUCGAAGGAGAUAGCCAGUCCUAUUCGGAUCAUACCUCGAUUCGUUGCGGACCCUGCCUUAUCUAUGUUCUUUAUGGAUGAAGAGGCCGUUUUUCCCUCUGGUAUUUACGCUAAAUCUGCCUUCCGUGGUCCUCUAGAGGAACUGGGCAUGAGGCUCGCUUUCAACCCUACUUUUGUCGAGGAGAGGUUGUCAUCUCUCUUCGGCCCCGCUUCCUCCGGACAAGAUGACUCUCACAGGAAGGCAUCUUCGGCUCUGUACGAUCGCCUCAACAGCAUGUUCUCCAAGGAGUUCGUGACCGAGGAUAUCCUUUCCAUGAUAUCGUCCCUGCCGUGGCUUUAUGUUGGGGAAAGCGAGCGAUGCCGUCCAUCCGAGUGUCGGCCCAAGGAAGACAAAUGUCUAGUUGGAACCCAAAUGUCCAUAUCCGAUUUUAGUCCAUCGAACGAGCUGCUCCGCAUACACAUGGGCUGGAUGACCCCGCCACCGUUGGACAAAGUCCUGGCACACUUUUCGUCACUACUCGACCAAUUCUCCCAGGAUAGCUCCUCCCAGCUUUUGAACCAAGAUGUCUCGCCGAUCUACUACUACCUUGCCUCGAUGGUGCAGAAUCCCUCCCAUUUGACAGCCAUCAAGGAGGCAUUGGGCGAGCGACCUUGGAUCUUGUUGUCCGGUACGCUCUAUGCCGUCGACCGAGUCGCUUUCAAAUUGGAUCAAAAUCUCAGGCCUCAGUUCGGUCAAGUGCAUUCUUCCAACCUGGAUGCUCUGUUUCGAGCAUUUGGGGUGCGAGACCACUUUACCCAUCGUGACAUUGAGGCGAUCCUGGCGACAAUAGGCUCGAACUACGACAAUGGUGAAUGCCUUUCGGACAAGGAUGCCGAACUCGUUCGUCGUCUCCUCACUGCGCUUUCUUACAUGAAGUCAAGACGUUCGAUGUCUGACCUUCCUGUCCUGACCAAAGGCGGAUAUCUCAAGCGAGCCGCUGACGUUGUUUAUGAUGACAGGGCUUCUCGGCGCGGAGGGUUGGAUGAUAAUCUGUUGCCUUACACCUUUCUCGAUGAUACUAUCCCCAAGGGCGUCGCUCAACGCCUCCAGAUCGACAUGUUCUCUGUCCGCGCGUGGGAGGAGAGUAAGGACGCCACCUUCGAGCCGUUCUUCCAGGAAGAGAACAUUGUUGACCGCAUCAGGAGUAUCCUCAAUGACUACGACCCUUCAGGAAUCUUCAAUGAGUACCUCCAGAACGCUUCAGAUGCAGGUGCCACCAAGUUCUCAGUGAUGUUGGACCCUCGGACCUACGACAAGACUAAAGUUUUGAGCGACCAAAUGGCGGAAUGGCAAGGGCCGGCUUUGCUGUUUUACAACGAUGCCGAGUUCUCCGAGGAGAGCUUCUCUGCCCUGUGCAAGCUGGGUGUCGGCAACAAGAGGGAGGAUACGUCCAAGGUUGGUCGCCAUGGCCUCGGUUUCAACUCCGCCUAUCACUUCACAGACGUCCCUAGUGUUAUCAGCGGCAGCACCCUCGUGAUUUUCGAUCCCCACAUGGUCAACCUCCCCAAGAGCCGCGACGCUUCCGGGAAACUUUUCGCCCAAAGGGGCCAUCGCUACGACAUACGCAAGCUUUCCACGGAGACGUUGGCCGACCAGUUUCAGCCGUACAAGGGACUCUUUGGCUUUGAUAUGGGGUCCCACUUCGAUGGCACCAUUUUCCGUAUUCCUCUGCGGCUGAAAGGAGCGGUGAUGGCUGGCAAGUCGGGUUUCGGCAGCGAAGACUGGACUACUGCCCAGAUUCAGAAAAUGUUUGUCUCCUGGAUCGAGGACGCCAAGAUUGGGAGUCUUUUUUUGAAGAGCAUCAAGUCCAUCAACCUCUCUGACGGAACAAACCCUAUGGUUUCGGUUACCAAGGACGACCUCUCCCAUAUGCCAGCCGUUAAGUUUUUGAUCGGAUCUCUCCCUUCCCACACAAGUCAGGUGUCCAUCGUCGACAUCACCUCGAAGACGACCGGCCUAGGCAACAUUGCAUCUUCGAGAUGGUUGAUGUACACAGAGGACGCCUUGCCAGCAAACACCCCUCAAACCAUUCGCAACCAUGUCCAAACGGAACACUGGAGUACGCAGAGUGGAGUUGCGAUCCCCCUUGGCGAUGACAGCGCCAUCAAGUCAUGCCGCGGACGACUGAUGGUUUAUCUGCCGACCCCGAUCGAGACUAAGCUGCCUUUUCACAUGCACGGCGGAUUUGCGCUGACGACCAACCGCAAGACUCUGGCUGGUGGAUCUGAGGCUAGUGACCCAAAAACUCUCUGGAACACUUACCUUCUUGAGACCCUCCUACCCUUGACAGCCAUUCAGGCCUACGGGCAACUGCUUACGUGGAGUUUUCGCCCUGCCGACCUUGACGGACCUCGAAUGAGUGAUCUCAAUACGGCCAUCCCCCUCUUCUACAAGCGUUGGCCACUCAAGGCCAAUGACGACUUUGCUGCUUUUCUUCGAGCGUUUUUCCGGCAUGCAUACACCAGCCCCGUGUUUCCCUGUCGCGGACACCCGUACGAGCUGCCGAUCGCGGCUGUUGCUGGAAAGAACACGACAAUGAGAGGCUCCCUUAUUACCGAAGCUGUUGAGUUGCGGGUGUACGCUUGGCUCAGGGUGGGAGGUCGUUCCAUAGCCGAGACGCCACCCAAUCUCCAGGCCUGCUUGAUGCUUGAAUGGGGCCAAGAUGGCUCUCGCCCAUUCAAGCAAAUCGAUUGCAAUUUGCUCCGCAGACGUUUUAGAGAGGAUCCAAGCUUUAUUACUCGCCAAAUGAUUGGGAGGACUGACAAGCAGUGGUUGUUGGAUGAGAUUUUCAGGCCAUUGGUGGAUACCCGCAUCGUCGUGGAGGAAUCUCUCAUGGGACUUCACGUUGUGCCGCUGCUGAGUGGGGAAUGGAAGCCGCUGCUGAGUGGAGAUUGGAAGGCACUCCAAGCAUCCCCGAUCUACCACACCGCACCUGCCGAGGCUAGAGAGUUGGUUGAGGGCAAGGGGCAGUUGGUGGAUUCGGAUUUCUUUGAUUCUUUUGUUCUCCAGAGGGUCCUGGUUAUCCUGGUCAAGGAGCAAUCUUACGGCAUCGAGAAGAUUCAACUGAGUGCAUUCGCAUCGAUCUUCCUCUCCGAGAACGCCUUCGGAGUCUCUGAAGACAAGCGUGAGAGAAUCUGGAAAUAUCUUUGCGAGUUUGACGAUAUCACCCCGGCCUGCGAGCUACCGAUUGUGAAGACGGCGGCUGGAGAUAUGGUGACUGUGGCCAAAGCUGCGGAGGGCUUGGAGAUGUCGACAGCAUACUUAGGUGAGAGCCCUAGACGCAUCAUAACCGAGUUCUUCCGCAGGAUGGGACUCGUUAUGUUUGACGCCUCCGAUCCUCAGAACCAUCCGUAUUUUCGGAGGCUUCAAGUCGAGUACACCGAACGUCGAGUCCUCGAGUUGAUUGCCAAGCACUGGUCCACGCAUGCCCCCUCGUUUGUGAUCUCUACCGAGGAAGCCGAUUUCCUGCGCAACAUGAUCGGCUCCCACCAUCGCGGCUGCAAUGCCUCUGUCCUCGUCAGUCUCGGAGACCUCCCUAUUUGGAGAGCCUAUGGCCCUCCUGGGGCUCCUCUGCGCCCGGCUAUUGGAUCCCUGUAUAUGAUAGACCACGAGAACCUCGAACAUCUUGGUCGCCACCCCACCGUCCUUCACGAGACAAACAGCACAUAUCCAUUCGAAAAAAUGGGCGCCACACCGACUCAAGCCGCAACUCUGCUUCGGGAGCGCAUCAUGCCCAUGUUUGCAUCCAACGCGCUGCAGUGUACAGGAGCUACGAAAACGGCCUACCUCUCCCUCUGUCGCAGCCUCGCGACUACAGCCAGCCUUCUGAACCCACGAGAAAAUGUCUUGGCCAGGCAAGCCUUGAACCACGCCCCAUGUUUCCUAUCGCGAGAUGGAUCUUUCCAAACCCUGGCCCACAUGCUUGUCCCCGGAGAGCAUCUGACCGAAACGAUUUUUGUCAACGAGCAACACCGGUUCCUCAACAGUGACUUGAACACUAUUCUUGUUGAUGGACGAAGGUUCCAGGUUGAAAUCCGGCGAUUGUCGACAGGUGCGUUGGAGGAGUGUGCGAGGUUUGUUCUGAGCGAGAUUGCGAACAGAAGUGCCCCUGCGGACCAAAUUCUCUCAAGAGCUGCCCAUCUUGUACGGUACAUAUACACCGACCCCGGAAAUACAAACUGGAUGGAUCCCCAGUGGACAUUUGUGCCCCGCGAGAUGACGCCCGAGUACCCCUACAACCAACACGCCCCGGACUUGCCCCCUUACAUGUCCUUGUCGACUUUGUGCUACCCAACUGAGCGCGACUUUAUUUGGACUCAGCGAGGGUUCUUUCCACAAGAUCUUGUUCCCCCUGCAAGGUUCAAACUCAUGUUCCCGGACAUUGGUAAGCACACCUGGCGCGAGCACUGUGAGCACCUCGGGGUCUUGGCCAAGAAAGUUGCUCCUACAAUGUCGACCACGGAGCGCCAACUCGCCUUCAAGGCGAUAAUCUUCAAGAUCUACAAGACGUUUGAGGUGAACGCAUCCAAGAGCGAGACUAUAAGGGACAAACUCAAGCAGUCACUCCGCGAGAUUAUGACCGUACCCUACAUUCUCAACGGCGACGACAAGGAUCCCAGCAAGGCAGAGUCGUGGGUCUGGCCACAUGAACUUGUCUUUGGUAUCGAUCACAAGAUUGGUGCUCACCACCAAGCCCACCCGUCGCUGCUGAAGUUCCGCGACUUUUUGGUCACUGUCGGUGCCAACGAGAUGAAACAUAUUGCUGGACAGGUCACUGUUCGUUCGAAGCGUAACGUCGGAGAGAUGGAAAACCGGAUCACGUCGUACUUUGAGACGCAGGACGAGACGAAUGGGUUCAUGGAUGUCAAGUUUACCUUUGAAGGCGGCAAGUCGAUCCUGGCCCACAAGGUUGUACUGGCGAGUAUGAACGAGGAGGUUAUCCGGCAGCUCACUGGUUCUUGGGCCUUGACUGCUCGUCGUGAUCCCUCUAACCCGGCGAUCGAUAUCAUCCAGAAGGAGGACGACUAUGUCACCUUUUGGGGCCUGCUGUACUUUCUCUACACGGACGACCUGAUUGGCACAAACGGACCAACCACCCUUUCGGAGGCCUCAAAGACUUUUAAGGAACAGGAUGCAGAGGACCAGCUGUCACAACGCGUCGAGUACCUCGUGGCCCUGCAGCACCUUGCAGAUGUCUACCGCACAGAUCGCCUCAAGGGUCUGAUUGCUCAGGAACUGAUGCUGCCCGGCAAGGUCAUGUACAGCAACGUCUUUGAGAUUCGAGAGCAUGCUGAGCUGAACCGGGACCCCAGUGUGGUCAAGUACUGUAACCAGUUUAUCAGAGUCAAGGAGAACGCGUCGCUGAUUGAGAAGUACCUCGAGGAUGAGGUUGCCUCGGUCCAGGCGAGGCUGGCUGCUCUUGACCGGUACCUUGGAGACAAGAACAAUCAGGAGGUCCCUGAGGAGGUUGCUUAUCUGGGAUGUGGUGCCGAGCUGGAAGGUGGUGUUGAGGCUAGGAAGGCCUUGACGACAGAGUUGGAUGACCUGACGGGCUAUUUGACAGAACUGAAGAUGAGGCAUUACGCGUAA